GCGGGCAGGGCGCGGGGGGCAGAGCGCGGCGCGGCGGCCAUGCCGGUGGAUCUGGCGCUGUGGGGCGGCCCGCUCGGCCUCACCGACGUGGAGCAGAAACCGGCGCACCCGCUGCGCGUCAAGUACGGCUCCGUGGAGAUAGACGAGCUGGGCAAGGUGCUGACGCCCACUCAGGUUCAGCAUCGCCCCACCAGCAUCGAGUGGGAUGGCUGUGACCCCCAGAAGCUCUACACCCUGGUUCUCACCGACCCAGAUGCUCCCAGCAGGAAGGACCCCAAGUUCAGGGAAUGGCACCACUUCCUGGUGACCAACAUGAAAGGCAACGAUGUGGGGAGUGGGACUGUGCUGUCAGAUUACGUCGGGUCCGGCCCUCCCAAGGGAACAGGGCUGCACCGCUACGUGUGGCUGGUGUACGAGCAGCCCAAGCAGCUGAGCUGCAACGAGCCCAUCCUCUCCAAUCGCUCUGGGGACAAACGAGGGAAGUUCAAGGUGGCUUCAUUCCGCAGCAAGUACGAGCUGGGGGUGCCAGUGGCUGGCACCUGCUACCAGGCAGAGUGGGAUGACUACGUGCCCAAGCUCUACGAGCAGCUCUCAGGGAAGUAGGGCCCAGGGAGGUGGUGAAGCACUGUGUCACACCCCCUGCAGACCAUGUCCCUCUUAGUUUUGUCUGUGAUU